AUGAUUAAGUUUGGCAUUUUAACUACCUUGGCUACUCUUUUUUUAGUCUGCGUUGUCAGUUCAUGUCACGGCCCAGUUCCUACUUCAAUUGGAAAUACAGAGUCUCCGAAUGUCACUAUUCCGAGCGAUAUCACUCCACCAGAUGGCAAUUGCUUUAAGUUUUCUUUAUUCACCAGUGGAUAUUUAUUGUAUACAUGCAACAAAAAUAAAACUUGGUCAGCUGGUUCGGGUAUUGGAUCUAUAAUUCCAAAAGAUACCUCAUCAUUGGUUGUAACUACUAGUGCUACACAUCCAGCACCAGACUCGAGAGAUCUUCCUUGGGCACUUGGAAAAGCUAGUAAUAACAAAGGUGAUGGGGCUUUUAAAGAUAUUACUUAUCUUGUUCGUGUCAAUACUUGUGGCGGAGUUGCACCAGAUAAUUCUUUAUGUGGUACAACUUAUCCGACAGGUUAUAAUUAUAGCUAA